AUGCCUGCUAUGGCUGACACGUUGCCUGCUCACCUGUCGACACCAUAUCUUCUCGGAUGUGUGGCCAUACUAUACAUCGGCUACAAAGUCGCUUUGACAAUACAGAUCAAUGCCAGAAUCCACAAACUGGGUGCCCGGGCGCCUGUAAGAAAGACGUAUGUGCCCAUGGGACUGGACAUGGCCUAUGAAGCCGUUACACACGCGUUAAAAGAUAAGAGCUACGAGAUGUGGACUCAGAUGUUCGAGAAAUGGGCUGGUCCCGGUCGGUAUACCAUCGAGGCUGGUAUAGGACAGAGAGUCAUCCUGACUGCAGAGCCCGAAAACAUUAAAGCUAUCCUGGCGACCCAGUUCAAGGACUACGGGAAGGGCGAACAGUUCAGAAAAGACUGGCAUGCGUUUCUUGGAAAUGGCAUCUUUACAACCGACUCGACACUCUGGCACAACUCACGUCAGCUCAUCCGGCCCCAAUUCAUCAAGGACCGCCUCUCAGACAUCGAGAUUUUCGAAACCCACACGCAAGUACUACUCUCCAAGCUCGGUGGGAGUGAGUCAACCGAUAUACUGGAUAUGAUGUUUCGCUACACGCUAGACGCAGCAACACACUUCCUCCUCGGUGCCAGUGUGGACUCGCUGCACCACCCGCAGACGAAAUUCGCGGACGCUUUCUACAACGCGCAGCGCGUGCAGUCUAUCAUCGCACGCGUCGGGCCGCUGAACUGGGCUGUUCCCCGGAAACGAAUGGGCUUCUACGACAGUAUGGCCAUCAUUGAUGAGUUCGUGAGCAUGUACAUCGACAGAGCGCUCGCUCUAUCCACCGAGGAACUCAACGAGAAGAGCAACCACGACUCGGGCUACACCUUUCUCCACGCCAUCGCGGGCUACACUCGUGACCGCCAGAUGCUGCGCGACCAGAUCAUCUCAGUACUGCUCGCCGGCCGCGACACGACCGCAUGCACCCUUACAUGGGUUAUCUAUCACCUCUCGCUCUCGCCUAGCAUCACCGCCAAACUGCGCCAGGAGAUCAUCGAUACUGUCGGCCUGAGCGACACCCCGACCUACCAGCACCUCAAGGAUAUGAAGUAUCUCCAGCACGUCCUGAACGAAACCCUGCGUCUCUACCCCGUCGUUCCCUACAACGUCCGCAUGGCUCUCAAAGACACCACGCUGCCCACCGGCGGCGGACCACGCGGCGAUCAACCCAUCGGCAUCCUCGCCGGCACACCAAUUGGGUACAGCACGCUCGUAAUGCAGCGCCGCGCCGACUUGUAUCCCGGCCCCGAAACCGGCUUCGCAGACCCUUCACACUUUGUCCCUGAACGCUGGGACACCUGGACCCCCCGCAGCUGGACGUACAUCCCCUUCAACGGCGGGCCGCGCAUCUGCAUCGGCCAGCAGUUCGCGCUGACGGAGAUGGGGUACACGCUUGUGCGCCUGCUGCAGCGCUUCUCGGGGAUCGAGAACCUGAUGGGCGGUGAGCUGCCUGGGCUGCAUGCUGACAUCGUGCUGCAGCCAGCGCGCGAGGUCAGGGUGAAGUUUGUGGAGUGA